AUGUGACGCUUCUCUUUGUGGCAUUGCGAACCCCAAUGAUCACCUUCCCAUCACCGCCACACAACUCCGUUUUCUCGCUUUCUCACAACUCACUUGCUUCUCGACCCACAAACCACCACAUCAAUCAAAAACAGAGACCAACAACUAACAAACAAGACCUCCUUCAAAGAGUACCAAUAAUUCCAAUCCUUUGACCAUGUCGACUUAUGCAUUGCACCACAGCGCCUUGGAGCGUCGCAGGGUCAUGCUCCAGAAAUUGGGUGGGGAUGCCAAGCGCCGCGAAGCCAUUGAUAUUUUCUACAAGAAACAAAUGGAAGAUGAACGUCUAUUGAACUUUUUUGAAGGCACGGAUAUCGAAAUUAUCAAAUGGCACCAGUUCAACCUCAUGUCGAUUGCCUUUACGGCUGUCCCCAGAACCUUUGAUGUAUCUUCCUUGCUGUUGACUCGACACCGUUCGCUAUUUGACGCUGGACUCGACGAAUCUCAUUUUGACAUUGUCGCCAAACACUUUACGGACACGUUGGAGGAAAUGAACGUGGAUGCCGAGUUGAUAAAGGAAGCCCUGGAUGUAGUGACACCGCUGCGAAAUAUUUUUCAAGAGGGUGCUCGUCAAGCCAAGAAACGAAAGGAAACGGCAGAAUUCCGAGGACGUCUCAAAAAGCUAGUCUUUGUGGCCAUUGCGGCAGCGCUCAUGGUCCGAUAUGCGCGCCAGAACAAGAAAUAAAGGUUUUCUAGCGCUGG